CUUUGAUAACAGACUUGCGAAAGGGCAGUCAAAAUUGGUGUUAGGUUCUGAAACCUGAAGUAAAUAAAAUCACCGUCUAUCUUGGUUCCACGUGGAAAAUUUUCCCAGUUGUCCACAGGAACCAAUGAAAUUUGAGCGCAAUUUAAAUAGAUUGUCACUCUGAACCAAUCGCGUGCCGUUAUUAUAUUGUAAAUUACACAAACACAAGGCAACGCACUGCUGCACACACGCUUUCAUCUGUCAUUAGUGUCAAAGUCUCUUCGCUGUUGCAGGUUUCGCAAACACUGCUUGCUUCAAAUUCUACGCCUUGAACCUAUUCCGUGUAAACCUUGGACAACAUUGGGACUUGUUUCACCGAAAAGACAUGGCUCCCCAUACGGGCAAGGCGACGAGAAACAAGCGUUACCGUAAGUUACGGAAGCCGGUUUAAAUGAAUGUCAUUUUGCAAGUAAACCAUCCAAGUGCGCAACGCCUCUCUGAAUGAAUGAGUUGUGCUUUUGACAGUGUUGACUUCAUGUUUGUCGGGGGAAAGUGUUGCUUGGAAUAUCAUUUUCUCUUCGUAUCUAAAGCUUACCAAAUGUUUAAAACACGAUUAUAGUAUUUUUUGCACGGAGGGAAUAACUAUUACUAGACUAGACAUGUCUCGUGAUUUCACUGUCCGUUCGCUGCCGAUGACAGUUGAAGUAGUUCAUAAGAUCAAUACAUGUCUUGCUACGACACUCGCACAGUCGCGUUUAUCCCAUGUCAGUCGCUUGACUCUUAAACCCUGACUGGUUAGAAACUCGUGCUUUUCUUUACAAUGUUUCUAACAAUUUAUUAUCCUCUCCCGCAGUGGAUGAGAACGUGGAAAAUAUGAGAGAAGAAAGUGAAAGGGUGCUUCGCGCAUCACGUGUCACAGCUAGCCCACCGCCCAAGAGAAGAAGAGGGAACCUUCCGAAAGAUUCCGUCAAUGUUUUGCGGAUGUGGCUAUGGGAGCACAGAUUUAAUGCAUACCCUUCGGAGGCAGAGAAACAGUACCUAUCAAAAGCUGCCAACUUGUCAGUGCUUCAAGUUUGCAACUGGUUCAUCAACGCGCGUAGGCGAAUACUGCCGGAGAUGAUUCGACGUGAAGGACGCGACCCUAGCAAUUAUACCAUCACGCGAAGAGCGAAUGUCAAAAAUCCGUCGCCUAACAGCUUGUAUCAACGAAAUUUAUCGCCUAGUCCCGAGCCACACUUCGAAAAAGACUUUACUAGGCACGAUCAGGAGUCUUAUAUCUGCGAGUAUCGAGGACAGUUCGAAUACGUGGGGUGUAGUAGUCCUUCAUCGCAAGGACAACCGGAGGACUGCGACAGUGAAAUGCCGGCAAAUGAACAUCACACUGCACAAACUCUGGAUGCUUUCAGUAGUAUCAAUUUAUUAGUGGAGGUCGCGUUAAACAUGGACGAAUUUCGUAAACAGGGUAAAAAUUGCUUUCAAAAGGUAGCUUCUUUGUCAUGCUAACUUUGAGGCAAUUUGAAAUUUAUAUCGCAUGUAGACUUUGUGUUGUGGCAUUGUACCUGGGAAUCCUUUGUACAUUGUAAUGAAUAAUAGAUCGUUGGCCGGGAGCGACCUGACUUGUUGCGUUACCUGCGAUCGAAUAAUAGUUUCACUUGCAAGACGCGUUUGGUCCGCUCUCGGCUUUGCCAUUCGAGCCAUUCGAACGCCUCGCGCGCGCGAUCAUUAGGAGUCGAUCCGUGUUUUGCGCGCGUCGGUUGUCUGCGGAUUAGAACACAAGUAUCGCGAAAUUUAACAAGUCAGAGAUUAUGUAGAUGCGUUCAUUGUUUUGCCAAACGCUGUGUAAAUAGAAUUCUGAACUGACGUUAUGACAGACGGAGUGUGUCAAAUCGGCGAACUCCCCGCCGGAGACUUGAAAGAGAACAACCCGCUUCUGAAAUUAAUUUGUCAUUUGUUUCCAAUUUUCUGUUGCGGCUCAGUCAAGCCGGCUUUGACGCAUACUCUGAAAUUAAAACUCGAAUUCUUCACCUAAGCCCUUGUUGUGUUGUAGUCUCUUGAGCGUGU